AAUCACUAAAUUUUUGUCCGUGCCUUUUGCCUUUUAUUUUGGCUUCUCCGGUCCAAUCUUACUUCCCCUUUGUUAUCCCUCUUCUUCGCUACUGCUCCUUCCAUGGCGGCAGCAGUUGCAGACCAACCUCAACAUUCCUCUUCCAAAUCUACCCCUAAAACUAUACUUCAACGAUACCAACAAGGUAAAUUACUUGGUAAAGGGAGCUUCGCUAAAGUUUACUAUGCCCGAUCUGUUUCAACCCAUAAAUCUGUAGCCAUUAAAGUAAUCGACAAAUCCAAAACUCACCCUUCUAUGGAGCCCCGAAUCAUCGGAGAAGUUGCAGCAAUGCGACGAUUAAACCACCCAAACAUCCUAAAGAUCCAUGAAGUUUUAGCCACCAAAUCCAAGAUCUACUUGGUUAUGGAACUUGCUAAAGGGGGUGAUCUUUUUGGUAAACUUUCUAGAAGACCCGAUCAUCGAUUUCCUGAACCUCUUGCUAGAAAAUACUUUCAUCAAUUAAUUUCUGCUCUUCAUUAUUGUCAUCAAAACGGUGUCGCACAUCGUGAUGUUAAGCCCCAAAAUCUUCUUCUAGAUGAAGAUGGAAACAUUAAGGUUUCUGAUUUUGGUCUUUCUGCGGUAGUUGAAAACACAAUGACUGCGAAAGACAGUUUAAUGCUUCGGACUUCCUGUGGUACACCGGCUUUUGCUGCUCCGGAAAUUGUUGGUAAGACCCAAAAUGGGUAUGACGGGUCUAAGGCUGAUGCUUGGUCAUGUGGAGUAAUAUUGUUUGUUAUGUUGACGGGUUAUUUACCAUUUGAUGAUGCUAAUUUGGUGAUGAUGUAUAGGAAGAUGCAUAAGAGGGAGUUUAGAUUUCCUUCAUGGGUUUCAAAACCUGCAAGGGGUUUGAUUACCCGGCUUUUGGACCCGAAUCCAGGGACCCGUUUACGCAUUGAUGAAAUACCAAAUGAUUCUUGGUUUAAGAAUUAUGGGAUGGUUUAUCCAAGGAGUGUUAGUUUGGGGGAUAUGGCUUCAUUAGAGGAGAAGAAAUAUGAGAAGAUACUUCUUUUAGAAAGGAGUAAUACAAUGGAAACUAGAUGUUGUGGGGAAACCAUGAAUGCUUUCGAGUUGAUUUCGAUGUCGAAUGGGUUGAAUUUAUCGGGUCUAUUUGAUGAGGAUCAUUCAAGGGAUAGGAGGAACGAGAUGAGGUUUACUUCUAGGGAAAGUAAGAAAGUUGUGGUGGAGAAAAUUGAGGAAGUAGGAGGGAUUUUGGGCUAUGAAGUUGAAAUAAGAGAGAAAUGUGGUCGUAGGAGUUGUGUUUGGUUGGGUAAAGGGAGAUUUGUAUUGGCGGUGACGGUUUUGGAGGUGGUGCUGGAGUUGGUUGUGGUGGAUAUGAAGGUGGUGGAUGGUGGUGGAGUUGGUUGGGAUCAAGAACAAUUGUAUUGGGAGCAGUUGAAGUCUGAACUUGGGGAUAUUGUUGUGUCAUGGCACCAUUGAAAAUUGACUUGAAGAUAUAGAAUAUAGGGCCUGUUUGGCAAAUGGUUCACGAAAACAAAUUGGAUGGUUUGAAGUGAAGUAUUGGCUUCUAUGAAAAGCGGCUCGAGAAGUCUAGUCAAUUAAAAACUUUUAGUGAUACCUUUUGAUUUUGAGUUAAAACUAUCUAAUCAUUUACAAAAUACUUUUAAAUGCCGAAUAAUUUUUACUAUAUAAUUGAUUAAAAAGUUAAAAAUCAUUUAAAAAUGUUAUGAAACGCAGUCAUAUUAUAAACGUGGGAAUAUGUGAGAUAGGAAGAUGCAUGGGUUUUGGAGUUAAAUAUGAAUGAUUCAAAGAUGAGAUCUUCCUGCAAGAUAUUGAUUGGUGGAGUCAGGAGUGUUAUUUGUACAUAUGAACACUUGAAGGGAAGGGACAAAGUAUUGCAAAGCAUAGUUUAGUCUGCUUUUUGUAAUAGAAUGUUAGAAGCUUAAGUAGAUUAUAAUGCACAUAGUGUAGUGUAUAUUUUGUUGAUGUUGCUGUCUGCACAGCGGCUCCCCUCCAACAAUGAAACAAACUUGGCCAUGGCCGCUACAAUUGAAUAUUUUCCUGUAAAUUCUAUAGUCCUUCAAUUGUAUCCUUUGUAACAUAUUUCUUUUUUUUUUCCUUUACAAAUGAAGUUGAAAAAUCUUUUAUUAAAUGUUUCUCUUCUUCUAUACUUUAUAGACAAUUUCUCCGUAAGACGUUAUUUAUAUGUAGGCUAAAUAGCUCAACUUAUACAAUUAUUAAUAUAUGAACCAUUUGUUUUGAUGUCGUCUCAUCGAGUGACGGUAUCUUCAUGUCCAGAGUCAGGCCUAAUUCCCCUAGGCUGUGGGGAUGAUCUGCAAAACUUUUUCC